AUGUCUGGGAGGAAUAACAACAAGCUGCCCACCAAUCUUCCUCAGCUGCAGAAUCUGAUCAAGAGGGAUCCGGACUCUUAUACGGAGGAGUUUAUUCAGCAGUACAAGCACUACCAGUCCAUUGUUGAGGUUUUCAAGCUUCAACCAGACAAAUCAAACAAAGAGUUGGCAACGUUGGUCAUGUUUAUGGCACAGACUGCUCACUGCUAUCCACAACAUCUGGAAGACUUUCCACAGCAGCUAAAAUCUAUACUGUCUACACAGCAUACAGUAAUGGAUUCAGACCUCAGAAUGACUCUUUGCAAAGCUCUGAUAAUGUUAAGGAACAAAGAUUUAAUAAGCCCGGCAGUACUUCUUGAGCUUUUCUUCGAGCUUCUCAGGUGCCAUGAUAAACUUCUAAGGAAGACUUUAUAUACUCACAUUGUGACUGACAUCAAGAAUAUAAAUGCAAAACAUAAAAACAAUAAAGUGAACAGCACUCUGCAGAACUUCAUGUAUACAAUGCUCAGAGACAGCAAUGCAAUAGCAGCCAAAAUGUCAUUGGAUGUCAUGAUUGAGUUAUACAGGAGAAAUAUCUGGAAUGAUGCCAAAACCGUCAAUGUGAUUACAACUGCAUGCUUUUCCAAAGUAACCAAAAUAUUAGUUGCUGCAUUGCAGUUCUUCCUAGGAAAAGAUGAGGAGAAGAAAGACAGUGAUUCUGAGUCAGAGGAUGAUGGUCCCACUGCUAGAGAUCUGAUGGUGCGAUAUGCCACUGGAAAAAAGAAUACGAAGAGCAAGAAGAAGCUUGAGAAGGCCAUGAAAGUCUUGAAGAAACAUAAAAAGAAAAAAAGACCUGAGGUGUACAACUUCUCUGCAAUUCACUUGAUACAUGACCCUCAAGAGUUUGCAGAGAAACUGCUGAAGGAGUUGGAAAACUCCAAAGAAAGAUUUGAAGUUAAGAUCAUGCUAAUGGACCUCAUUUCCAGACUCGUUGGGAUCCAUGAGCUAUUUCUUUUCAACUUCUAUCCCUUUAUACAAAGGUUCCUACAGCCACACCAGAGAGAGGUAACCAGGAUUCUACUGUUUGCUGCACAAGCUACUCAUCACUUGGUUCCUCCUGAGAUUGCUCAGUCAGUGUUGAUGACCGUUGCAAAUAACUUUGUUACAGACAGGAACUCAGGAGAAGUGAUGACUGUUGGAAUAAAUUCAAUUAAGGAGAUAACUUCUCGAUGUCCAUUGGCAAUGACGGAAGAACUUUUACAGGAUCUUGCACAAUAUAAAACACACAAGGACAAAAAUGUCUGCAUGUCAGCUAGAGCUUUGAUACAGCUAUUCCGCACAUUAGACCCCAAGAAGUUGCAGAAGAAAUUCCGCGGCAAACCCACGGAGGCAUCUACAGAGGCAAAAAUUCAUGCUUAUGGAGAACUGGUUGCUAAAGAUUACAUUCCUGGUGCAGAGGUGCUAGAAGUCGAAAAUGAGCCAAAACAAGAGGAAGGGGAGGAUGAUGAUGGCUGGGAAAGUGCUAGUCUUAGUGAUGAUGAAGAAGAUGGAGAGUGGAUUGACGUUCACCACUCCUCUGAUGAAGAGCAGAAGGAAGUUGCAGAAAAGCUCCAGGCGAUGCCAGAAGCUGAGCGAAAGUCCAAGGCUGCAGCAGUCAGUGCCAGCAGGCUUCUCACUCAAGAGGAGUUCAAGAAAAUCCGCAUUGCACAGUUAUCAAAAGAGAUUGCUGCUGCUCCGGGUAAAUCUGAGAAGAGGAAACAUGUGGAAAUAGACAGUGAUGAAGAGGAGAGCAGAGGGGAGUUGCUUUCACUUAGAGAUAUUGAACGUCUGCAUAAAAAGCCCAAAUCUGACAAAGAGACCAGGCUAGCCACUGUUCUGGCCGGAAGAGGAGACAGAAAAGAUUUUGUGAGGAAAAAGAUGAAAAUGAAUCCCCACGCCAGUACCACCAACAAGGAGAAGAAGAAGAAUAAAAACUUUAUGAUGAUGAGAUACAGCCAGAACAUCCGAACUAAAAACAAACGAUCUUUCAGAGAUAAGCAGAUUGCUCUGCGUGAUGCUCUUCUGAAGAAAAGGAAACGACUGAUGAAG